AGGUGCAUUGCUUAGACCAAACGACAACAGAUGAACAGAAAACAAACUCACCCUGUCUCUGUUUAUCUGAUCUGCAUUUGGAUCUGAAAAUUGCAAUAAUUUGAGGUCGUCUUCCUAGAAAAAUCAAGAUUCAGGUCCAAGUCAAAAUUCAUGGGUGAAAAGUGAUCAGCAGCUUUUACGUUAUCUGCAGAUAAUCGAGCAAAAGUGCGAGAAAUGGCGGCCGUCGCAGUUCACCAGUUCGCCCCGUGCAUAACUUGCCACGCUUGGAGUCCUGAUCACUCUAUGAUUGCACUUUGUCCCAAUAAUAAUGAAGUUCACAUUUAUAGAUCCUCCCAAGACAAAUGGGAGAGGGUACAUGUCCUCCAAAAGCAUGAUCAAAUUGUCUCUGGGAUAGAUUGGAGUCCAAGAUCAAACAGAAUUGUUACUGCAUCUCAUGAUCGAAAUUCAAUGCAUUGUUUCCUUUCAAGAUAUGUAUGGAACCGAGAAGGGCCAGAAUGGGUACCAACCCUUGUUAUCCUCAGGCUUAACCGUGCUGCACUUUGUGUGCAGUGGAGUCCAAGAGAGAAUAAGUUUGCUGUUGGAAGUGGAGCUAAAACAGUGUGUAUAUGCUAUUAUGAGCAAGACAACAACUGGUGGGUUAGCAAACUUAUCAGGAAGAGACAUGAUUCCUCUGUCACAAGUGUUGCUUGGCACCCUAAUAAUAUCCUUCUUGCAACAACAUCUACUGAUGGAAAAUGUCGAGUUUUUUCCACCUUCAUAAAAGGUGUUGAUACAAGGGACUCAAAAGCAGGCUCUUCUUCAGACUCCAAAUUUGGAGAGCAAAUUAUUCAGCUUGAUCUCUCAUUUUCCUGGGCAUUUGGUGUCAAGUGGUCACCAAGUGGCAAUACAUUAGCUUAUGUAGGUCAUAAUUCUAUGAUUUACUUUGUUGAUGAUGUUGGUCCUUCCCCACUGGCCCAAAAUGUUGCAUUUCGCGACUUACCUCUUCGUGAUGUCUUAUUUGUUUCUGAGAAAAUGGUCAUAGGUGUGGGAUUUGAUUGCAAUCCAAUGGUUUUUGGAGCUGAUGAAAGAGGAAUAUGGAGCUUUGUCAGGUUCCUUGGUGAAAGGAAAUCUUCAUUUUCAGGGUCAAAGUAUGGUUCACAGUUUUCUGAGGCAUUUGGAAAAUUUUAUGGCCAAUCAAAGACUGGUGUGAGCAAUGAUGGCAUUGAUCCUUCAAGAUCACGUGGAGGCAUUCAUGAGAACUGCAUAAAUUGCAUUGUGUCUCUUGGGGAGGAGGGCAGUUCCAGAACGCUGCGCUUCAGCACUUCAGGAUUAGAUGGGAGAGUGGUUAUCUGGGCUCUGGAGAACCAGGAAGAUCUAUCCGAAUAUCUUUGAAGGAUUUCAUAUUUUUCAAGCCCGUAUCUGGGAAUAUCUUUGAGCAAGUAUUGAAUACUGGAAUAUGCUUUUUUAUAUCAUCAAUUGGCCAGGAGCCCUCAAACUCAGCUAUGUAUAAACUCACGUGGUGCCAAGAUAAUAUUAGCUUUAUAUGGUCUCAAACAUCUCAAGGUGAUAAAUCAUUAUACAUAAUUAAAAUUAGGAUUGGAUCUUUAUCCAUAAUUGUGUUUUUAUGGAAGAUUGUAUUGGUCAGUAAAUGAUGUUUACCCAA